AUGGGUGGUCAUGGGGGGCUAAACAUUCUUCCUCAGAAAAAAUGGAAUGUUUAUAGGAAAGAUAGACAAUAUAAAGUUAAUUAUGAUGAAAACAAACUUAUAAAAGAAGAAGAAAAAAAGGUAAAAAAAAAAAAUGAACAGACAUUUGAAAAAGCUAUCAACCAACUAAAAGAGAAUGCUCAUCAAAGUAGUGCAUAUCGAAACAGUUCCCACAAGAACGAUACAUUUGAAAAGGACACUCGCCGGAAGUACAUAUACCAAAACAAUAAAGAGGAAGACAGAACCCAUUAUUGUGAACACAUUAAUCUAUUUGCCGAAGAAGAAAAAGAAAUAAAUGAAAGAAAUAAAAUGCAUGAAGAAUUUUUAAUAAAAAAAGGACACUAUAUUUACAAUGAUAAAAAUUUUAAUGGCGAAAAUUGUAUCUAUGACAAAACAAAUAAUGCAAAAAUUGUUUCAGACUUUGAUAAAAUCAAAAUAAGUCAGAAUGAGUGGCUCAUGAAGAGACAAAGUAGUAUUUUUCUUAACAAAAAUGAAUAUAACGAAUUAAAAGGGGAGAAAAAAUAUGACUAUUUUUAUGAUAAUAUCUCACAGAAAAAAACUGAUCAUUCGAAAAAGAGUGAUUCGUCAGAAAAUGAAUCACAUCGAGAGAGGGACAAGGAUAGGGACAAAUUAAAAUACAGAGAUAGAAAAAAGAAAAAAGAAAAGAAAAAGAAGUAUGACCAUAUCAAGAAACUUAUAAAAUAUAAGAGAGAUAAAGAGAAAAAGGAAAAAAAGAAAAAUCGAAAAAAAUGA